AUGUCUUCCGCCAGUGCAAACGAGACACAACCUCUGUUAGAAGGGGAGAGGUCGACGAGUCCACUACCGCCUUCCCGCACUUCGACGCUACUUUUUGAACCGGAAGCCGGCCCGGCGUCAGCCGUAGGAAGCGGAGAGCCUCUCGCGCUGGGCCUCCUUCUCAAGUCGCUCCUGGUUGACUCCAUACCUGUUACGCUCUCGUAUGUUCUGCAGAACUCGAUACAAACCGUGUCCGUCCUGGUCGUCGGACGACUGGGUCCCCAUGAGCUGUCCGUGGCGGCAUUCUCGUUUAUGCUGGCAACGAUAGGUGAGAUUGUUUCCCGAUGGUGCGUUGCGCUAGGAGGAACUACGGCUCUAGACACCCUGGGCUCGCAGGCGUACACCGGAGGAGACCCGAAGUCUCUUUCGGUCCAUUUCCAGAGGUGCCUGAUCCUUCUCUGGUUGCUGUUCAUUCCAGUCGGCUUUCUGUGGGCCAACCUGGAGCCUAUUCUAUUGUUCCUCGGUCAACAGCCGGACUUGAGUCGCGACGUACAGCGGUUCAUGAGCAUGCUAUUGCUCGGCGCACCCGGAUACAUUGGUUUUGAGAGCCUCAAGAAGUAUCUUCAAUGUCAAGGGAUUAUGCGAGCCUCGACCAUCGUGCUCAUCUUGAUCUCUCCCAUAAACCUGAUCCUUAAUGUGUUCUUCGUACACUAUACGCCUCUUGGUCUCCUAGGCUCACCGGCUGCUAUCUCUGUCACUUUGACUUUGUGCUUCCUCUUCCUGGGAAUCUUCGCAUACUUCUCGCCCGCUCAUCGCGCGAACAACACAUGGGUCACUGCAAACAUCACUACCGUAUUGAACGCGAGGAGCUGUAUACAGUUCCUCAGCUUGGCGAUCCCUGGGAUCUUAAUGGUUGGAACGGAAUGGGCUGCUUUCGAGAUAGUUGCGCUUGCUGCAGGGCACCUAGGCCCUUUACCACUUGCUGCGCAGUCAGUCAUCAUGACUGCAGAUCAAGUCUUGAACAACAUACCCUUCGGAAUCGGUGUCGCGGCCUCUACGCGUGUGGGGAGUCUUAUCGGGGGUCGCCACGCACAGGGCGCGAAGCAGGCUAGCCACGCCUCUGCGUUGCUCAGUUCCAUAAUAGGGCUCUUGAUCAUGAUAGUCCUGCUCGCCUGCAGAAACGUUUUUGGCUACGUAUUCAGCGAAGAUGAAGAGGUCAUUCGUAGGGUGAGUAAGGUGAUGCCGUUAGUUGCCUCGUUCCAGAUAUGGGAUUGUCUCGCUGGCUCGUGCGGAGGUGUUCUGCGUGGACUGGGACGACAACACCUCGGUGCGAUGUUCAAUCUCAUCGCAUACUAUGUCCUUGCGCUGCCGAUGGGAAUCGCGCUGGCGUUCCUUCCCCAGAUGCAGCUUGGGCUACAAGGUCUAUGGAUAGGACAAGUCGUGGCCCUUACCAUCAUUGCGCUGGGCGAGUAUGCUUUCAUAUGGCUCGCUAUUGACUGGGAGAGAGAGGUGCAACUCUGCAUUGAACAAAACGAAGCGGAAGCAAAACGCCUGCGCGUCCACGAUUAA